UAUGUUUAGUCGCUCAUGAUCACACUCGAAACUUCUCGUAUGUGACCAUAGAUAUGCUUGGAACACAGCCGAGAACUUCCGACUGUCAAACGUAGUGUCGACACAGAUUCAAAAUGGAGAGCUCUAACAGGGAAACGGACUUCAUCUAUGCAGUUAUCAACAAUAUUCCUUCUUCAUACCAUUCGGCAGACCUAAGAAACUACUUCUCGCAAUUUCUAGAGACAAAUGGGUUCAAAUGUUUCCAUUUUAAACAUAGACCAGAGUCUAGAACAACUGAUAAUCCAACUUCUCGCGAGGAACAACGUUCAGGAACGUUUUGCUGUGUUGUCAAAGUCAAUGGAAACCGUUUCCAUGAAUUCAUGAAGAUGUACAACAAGAGACAUUGGCUGGAUAGGAAUGGAGACGUCCUGCCUGCUUUAUGUUUUUUAUCUAGAAUCAAAACAUCCGAACAGCCCAACGGUGAAAGCAACAAAUACAAAACAAGAGCAGAACAGAAAUGUGUUUCACAUGAUCGAGAACAGUUCACCAUCAGUGACCUUGAGAAAAUGAAGGAAUUACACCCUCCUGAUAUUAUGCCAAAUGGUAACGUGGGGACACCAACCGCCAUCUUCCUAGAAUAUAUAAAACAAUGUCGACUGCCACCAGUCAUUAUAAAAAACCUGGGACUGUCAUUUCCAAAGACAAGAUCAAACAAGAGGUAUGGGAAUGUUCCUUUUAAUUACAAUGGUACAGUUGUAGGUGAUGUUGGGUGUCAACACUCGGAAGGAGAGGAAAAUCCAGAGGUCAAAUCGUCUAAAGGUCAUGAGAUUCCAACAGAAAACACCCAGAUUGAUGAAGGCGAUCAGGUUUUAGGCAAAAAAGACGAGUCUUCAGAUCUAGACUCCUCGCAGAAUGUAAUUAAGGAUAACACAUGCACAAGUACACAAAAGAGUACUAGGGACAAAUUUAGACAGGACCCCGAGACUAAGAGAAGAUAUGAACUAAGAAUCGAGGAAAAUUUGAUUGGAAAAGAGGACAGGGAUUCUGAUGAUGACAAUGAUACAUGUGAGGAGUGGGAACGUCACGAAGCAAUGUAUGAUGACCCGUCAAACCAGGAGAGAAAUUCAGAGCGUCUGUUCGAGGAGGAGAUAGAACUGAAGUGGGAGAAGGGUGGCAGUGGUCUUGUCUUUUAUACAGACGCUCAGUAUUGGAAAGAGCAGGAAGGAGAUUUUGACGAGCAGACAACAGAUGACUUGGAUGUUGAUAUGAGUAUAUACUACGAAGAAGGAGCUGGUGAUAAGGAUGCACGGGACUAUGUGACGAUGCGACAGGAGACACGACGACGUGACGGUGUGGAACACACCGACAGAUUUAGUGCUGGCAUUGCCAAAAAGAGGCCUUCAAAUAUGAACCAUAGCAGUGUGACACAAAAAAUUGGGAAGUUUGAGCAGCACACUAAAGGAUUUGGACGUAAAAUUCUCACACAGCAAGGUUGGAGUGAAGGAGAAGGCCUAGGAUCAACUGUGAUCGGAAUUUCUGAGGCUCUUGAAUCGGAGGGUCAAGGUCCGAAGGACAAAGCAGGAUUUGGAUACAGAGGAGAGAAAUUAUUGAAGACGAGGGAUUUGAAGCAUAAAAAGCCACAUGUUGAGCGACUGAUAACAACAAAAUAUGAUGAUCCAUCAGAGACAGAUCCUGUCGAGCCUCUAUUACGACGAAGUCACCACUACCAUAUUUCUCACCGCCACAGCCAUCAUGUUGCCUUCACUGCUGCUCAGUCUACAGAAUAAACUAGUCAUUGAUUUACCCUCAUGUCAUGAGGUCAAGGUCCUUUUUAGUGCAAUUUAGGGAAAAGAUAUAAAAAAAAUAAAUCUAAUUAAAAUCUAGAUGGUCAUUCUCACUACGUUACAUGAACAUCUAACAACAUCCUGUAAGGGGUCACGUUCUGAUGACCUUUGAGAUCUGUGUAUUUCACUUUCAUGGCGAAUUGUCAAUUUGUUGAUGUCAUCGAAGCAAAACAUUUUGUCACAGCAUGUAGCAAACCAUUUUGGCACAGCAUGUAUAUUGCUAUAUGCUUUGUGGGACGAAAAAGACUUGAAAAAAAUUAACAGCUUAUGCAGCUCUGCACUCUAGUCAUGCUAAUUCGGACAUAUAAAAUUCACUUCCAGGAUUCUGGAAGUAGUAAUUUGAUUGGCUAAUCCAAAAGGUCACUCUGACGUGACCCCUUAUGGGAUGUUGUUAGAUGUUCAUGUAACGUAGUGAGAAUGACCAUCUAGAUUUUAAUAAGAUUGUAAAAAAUGUACUUACCGCACAUGUACCUAAAUGUAGGUUCUCCAAGGACUGGUAGAUAAAGGGUUGUUGUUUCCCUACAUAUGAUUAUAUUAACUCCAGUUGUUUCACUUUAUUUCUUAAAACGUUGUUUUAUCUUUCUUUAUUUAAAAACUAUUUAGGGAAAAUAAA